AUGUGCAGCUCCGAUAUCUUCCUCGCAAUCCUCGCCGUCUUUUUCCCUCCCAUCGCGGUGUGGAUCAAAGCCGGCAUCUGUACCGCCGACUCCAUCAUCAACAUCGCCCUCUGCCUGCUGGGCUUCAUCCCCGGCCUCAUUCAUGCAUGGUACAUCAUCAUGAAGUACCCUGAGCCUGAUUACGAUGAGGUAGCAUACGAGCCUGUUUCCGGUGGCUCUGGCCAGCGCCGCGAUCUCGAGAAUGGUCACGUAACGUAUUACUAUGUCUCACACCAGCCUCCACAACAUGCGCCGCAGCCUUCCUACGGGACUUUGAACCAGCAAGGACAGCAACAGCCCGCCGGCCACUCCAAGACCUCUGAUGACCCCCAGCAAGGUGGUGCGGCGGACAGCGGAGAAGGGCGAUCAGAUGCCCGCCCCCCACCCACCUAUGCCGAAGCUGUGAAGGGCGACAACAAGAUUCAGUCUCAGGAUUGA